AGGCAGACAAUGGAGUUAAUUAUCUCUGAAGAAGAAGAAUGGAAGGCAGAGUGGCUUACGAGAACGAUCUAAACCUCAAAGCAACCGAGUUAAGAUUAGGGUUGCCAGGAACACACGAGGAACAACAAGCAGUUUCUUCCAGAGUCGGAAACAACAAACGACCGAAUGACGAAUCCGAUGAUCAAAACGAAACAGCUCCUCCUCCAAAAGCACAGAUUGUUGGGUGGCCGCCGAUCCGGUCUUACAGAAAGAACAACUAUCAGCCGAAGAAAACCGAGUCCGACGGCGGCGGGAUUUAUAUCAAACUAAGCAUGGAUGGAGCGCCGUAUCUGAGAAAGAUUGACCUCAAAGUUUACUCCGGUUACCCGGAGCUGUUGAAGGCGGUUGAGAACAUGUUCAAGUUCAACAUAGGCGAAUACUCCGAAAGAGAAGGCUACAAAGGAUCUGAUUACGCGCCUACUUAUGAAGAUAAAGAUGGUGAUUGGAUGCUUGUCGGAGAUGUUCCAUGGGGAAUGUUUAUAACAUCGUGUAAGAGACUAAGAAUCAUGAAAGGUUCAGAAGCUAGAGGAUUAGGCUGUGGUGUAUGAAUCUGUCAGAUGAACAACAAAACAGAAGAUUUUAUUGCUCUAACGGAGAGGGAAAUGUUUGAUCAUCAGCUUGGGUUGUCGGAUCAGUCUGCUCAAUAGAUAUAGUUCAUCUAAGAGAUUCAGUGAACUGGGUAUGUUUUUGAAGGGAUUAAGGUAAUCAAUCGAGUGAGAUUUUUUGCAAGGAAAAAACAGAAAUGGAUGUGGAUGUCCCCAAGUUUUGGUUAUGGAAUAUAAUACGCAAAGAAACAAAGUUGUAUUUGUAGAUCACAUGUUUUUCUCUGUAUGAUUAAACUUGUAUGGGUUGUAAUCGUUGAAUCUGCA